GCCAUGGCCCCAAGACUUGUCCUCACCCUCACCUUCUGGGUGGGUUGCUCACUUUGCUGCUGGAGAGAAGGUACGUGGGGACCCGGGGAGGGUAGGGGGAGCCAGGGCAGAGGGACACUCUCUGAGGACUGGACUUUGUCUGCCGUGGAACAUCCUGGGUGGGGUGGGAGCUCACACACCUUCUGUAUGACCACUGAUGGGAGGGGGUUACCAUCCCAUUGCAUGGGUGGGGGAAACUGAGGCACAGAGAGGGCAAGAGCUACCCCAAAGGGACCGGGAAGUGGCAGCCACAGCCUGGAGGAAGGAAGGGUGAGAGAGAAAGAAAUUUUAAUUGUAUCCAUUCAUUUCAUGUGAUUCAAAACAAAACCAUCACAAAGAGGGGGUCCGGUAAAGCAUCUCCCUCCCCCCAGAAAUCCCCGCCAACCCUAGGUCCCCUCUGUGGGUCCGUCAACCUCAGUUUCCCCAUCUGGAAAAUGGGCUAAUAGUUCCUGCUUUGGUGGGUUGUAGCGAGAGUGAGAGGUGAUGCAGGUGCCUUUCAUUCAUGCACUCAUUUAUUCCACAAACCUCUAUUAGGCUCCUAAUGUGUGCCCAGCACUGGCUGGCAGUGAGGUGGGGGCCAAGCCACGGUAGGACUUUGAUGGUCCUGGGUGAAUCAGAAGCUCAUGCUCUCCCUCUCUCUCCGGGCCCCCCAGCAGCUGUCACCCAGCCCAGGGUGCGGUGCCAGGCCUCUAGGUACCCGAUCGCAGUGGAUUGCUCCUGGACCCUGCCGCCCGCUCCAAACUCCUCCAGGCCCACGUCCUUCAUUGCCACAUACAGUGGUGAGCGGGGGCUACUCUUCAUUGUGGCUUGGCGUGGCAGCCCAUGGGGAGAGCUGGCCCUGCCUCCAGCAGACACCAGAGGCCACCAGCUGUAUCAUCCCUGACAUCCAGAUGUUCUCCAUGGUGCCCUAUGUGCUCAACAUCACAGCUGUCCACCCCCGGGGCGUCAGCAGCAGCUUCGUGCCGUUCGUCCCAGAGCACGUCAUCAAACCGGACCCUCCAGAAGGUGUGCGCCUGAGCCCCCUCCCUGGGCAGCGGCUCUGGGUGCAAUGGGAACCCCCCCGGUCCUGGCCCUUCCCAGAGAUCUUCUCACUCAAGUACCGGAUCCGCUACAAGCGCCACGGAGCUGCCCGCUUCCGCCAGCAGCACCACUCACAAUGGUCAAAAGGUGGAAAUAACACAAGUGCCCAUCGACGGAUGAUGGAUAAACACAACGCGGUCCCUCCACACACGGGAACAUCACUCAGCCAUGAAAAGGAGAGAAGCCCUGACACUCGCUACAACGUGGAUGGACCCUUGAGAACACGAUGCUCAGUGGGACCAAUUGAAGGCACAUCCUUCACCCUCAAGGCUGUGAGGCCCCAAGCCAAGUACUGCAUCCAGGUGGCUGCUCUGGACCUCACUGACUAUGGGGAAUCAAGCGCCUGGAGUCUCCCCGCCGUUGCCUCCGUGACCCUGGAUCCACAUGAGACCCUGUGAGGAGAGGACAGACCAGGACACACACACACAGUGAAUCCCCACUGCCACACACGGGGUCAGGGCUGGACCAGAGAAAGAGACAGGGCUGGGGGAGUCAGGGCAGGGGUGGUGGGUGUUCCACCUGGGAUGGAAUGAUGAAUCCAUUCAGUUCAGUUCAGUUUGGUUCACCUCAAAAGCUGCCCAGAUGUGAGCCCCAGUGUGGGUGGACACCAAUGGCACAUGGGUUUGGGAAGCUCUGAGGAGGGGAAAACACAGCCAGGCUCUGAAGGAUUUUCUCAAUCCAGGAGCUUCUCAGUACAUUUCACUCAGGUCUCAAUUCCAAGGUCACCUCCUCCAAGAAGCCUUCCCUGACCACCUCAUCUAGGGCAAGCAGAAUAAAGACCCCCCCCAAAGAUAUCCAUGUCCUAAUCCCCAGAACCUGUGAAUGUGAUACCUUACACAGCACAAGGGACUUUGCAGAUGUGAUUAAUUUAACAAUCUUGAGGAUCCUUAAAGAUUGAGGAUCUUUCAUUAAGUUAAUGAAAAUGGGGACUUCCCUGGUGGUGCAGUGGUUAAGACUCCAUGCUCCCAAUGCAGGGGGCCCAGGUUCGAUCCCCGGUCAGAGAACUAAAUCCCACAUGCCUGCUGCAACUAAGAGUUUGCAUGCCACAAGUAAGGAGCCAGCAAGCCACAACUAAGGAGCCCGCCUGCCACAACUAAGACCUGGUGCAACCAAAUAAAUAAAUAUGUUUUUUAAAGUUAAUGAAAAUGAAGUAGAGUUAUAUUGUAUUAUCCAGGUGGCCCCAAGGUAAUCACAAGUGACCUUAUAAAAGGGAAGCAGGAGGGUCAGAGGGAGACAGAGAAGGUGAUGUGACAGUGGUAGCAGAGGUCAGAGUGAUCCAGGACCGCGAGCCAUGGAACUCUGGCAGCCUCUAGAAGCUGGAAAAGACAAGGAAAUGGAUUCUCUCCUGAAGCCUCCUGAAGGAACCUGCCACCCAUUUUAGACUUCUGACCUCCCAAACUCUAAUA